GAAGGCGUCGCCCCCCUGCUUGUUCCAGCAGCGGAACUGCAGUCCGAGCAUGGCGCUCUGCUCCGAGAGCUCGGAGUUCCGUUGUCUCCUCUGUCCUCUUCCAUGUUAGAUUUAACUUUUCUAUCGGAAGCUGGUCCGCUUAUUCCUUUCGUCGAACGCCUUUGAGGAAAUUUUAUGUCGGGAAAAGGGCGGGAUUUCUGGUCAUAAACACUCAAAUAACUGGCUAAAAUCUUUGGGGUAGGUUGCUAAGUUAACGUUAGCAAGUAGGUAGAAACUGGGAGAAACAAGAGGAGGAGUCGUGUUUCUGGAAGAGCUGACGAAAAUGCCAUGGCAAUAGGCGAGGAAUGGGAGUGACGUGACAGUCUUCUGAUCCACUUCUGAACAAUAAAACUUCACCACCAUGGUUUUGUGAAGGAGGACGCACAAGAGAAUGGAUGAGUCAGUUUUGUUGGAUCUGCUUGAGUGUCCCGUGUGUCUGGAGCGUUUGGAUGCCUCUGCGAAGGUUCUGCCCUGUCAGCAUACCUUCUGCCGUCGAUGUCUUCAGGGCAUCUUAGGCUCUCGUGGAGAGCUGCGCUGCCCCGAGUGCCGGACUUUGGUGGAGUGUGCUGUUGAUGAACUCCCAAGCAACAUCCUCCUGGUGCGCUUGUUGGAUGGCAUCAAGCAGAGACCUCGAAGGGCCGGCUCGGGGGCUGGAGUGUGUACGAACGGCAUGUCUGGAGCUGUGGCCAGAGCACAUGGAGGUGGAACCAGGGACCAGGGAACUCCAGGGCCACAGCGUGCCCAGGCUAAGAGCACAGCAGUCCGGGGGGUCCCACAGCUCCCAUGUGCCAAGGCGUUGUACAACUAUGAUGGUAAAGAACCAGGAGACCUCAAAUUCAGCAAGGGUGACAUCAUCAUCCUGCGCCGGCAAGUGGACGAGAACUGGUUCCAUGGGGAGGUGGGUGGGGUGCACGGCUUUUUCCCCACCAACUUCGUCCAGGUCAUCAAGCCUCUGCCUCAGCCGCCGCCUCAGUGCAAAGCUCUCUACGACUUUGAGCUCAAAGACAAAGAGGCUGACAAGGACUGCCUGCCCUUCUCCAAGGAUGAUGUCCUGACUGUGAUCCGGAGGGUUGAUGAAAACUGGGCGGAGGGAAUGCUUGGAGAUAAAAUUGGAAUUUUUCCCAUCUCAUAUGUGGAGUUCAACUCUGCAGCGCGUCAGCUUAUCGAGUUGGACAAGCCGUCUGACUCGAGCGGAGACUCCGGUGAAGGGGCCUCCUUGGGGCCUCAGAGCAACGGUGCCCAGCGGCCAGGGGAAAAGAAGAACAGCAAGAAACGACAUUCCUUCACUUCUCUCACUAUGUCCCACAAACCCAUGCUAGCUCCUCCUCCUCAGCGCCACUCCAUGGAGAUUAGCGGGCCGGUCCUCAUCAGCUCCAGCAACCCCACAGCAGCUGCUCGCAUAGGCGAGAUCAGCGGGGGGCUUUCCAGCAGCGCACCUUCACAGGUACAUAUUUGCACAACUGGACUAAUUGUGACUCCACCUCCCAGCAGUCCUGUUACUACAGCAACCGUCUUCACAUUUCCCUCAGAGAUGAGCUACACAUCCAUCGCUUUGGAUGCUCUCCCACCACCCCCUCCUCCUCCCCCGCAGGCCUCUGUCAGCGGAGCAGCGUACUCGGUGGCUGCUGGACAGAGACCCUCCCCCAGCGUCAGCGACCAAACUGGGAGACAAAGACCUACAGUCUAUGUGGCAAUGUUCCCGUACACUCCCCGCAAGGAGGAUGAGCUGGAGCUGCGAAAAGGAGAGAUGUUCCUGGUGCUGGAGCGCUGUCAGGACGGCUGGUUCAAGGGCACCUCCAUGCACACGGGCAAGAUUGGAGUCUUCCCCGGGAACUACAUGAGUCCGGUCAGCAGGACAGCGUCUGGGAACACCCAGCCCAAAGUCCCCAUGAGUCUGUGCACUCAGGCUGGCAGAGGAGUGACCAUCGUCAGCCCUUCCUCUGCUCCCCUGGGAGUCAUUGUUCCUGGUCCUGAUUCCAACAAACCCCUCACCGUGUGCUCCGCCGCUGUACCUGCGUGCUCCCAACCUGCAGCUGUGGUAGCAACAGCUCAGACCGCUACGGGCCAACAGCCUAAAGUCUCUCUCCAUGUCAACUCACAGAUGACAGUAAACCAGGCCCGCAGCGCCGUCCGGACUGCCGCUUGCCACAGUCAGGACAGACCCACAGCAGCAGUGACACCCAUCCAGUCUGCUACACCCGUGACUUUCGUCCCACAGCUCUCCGUUUGUCCGCAGCCCUCCUCUAACUCGGCUCAAGGCUGCUCCCGGGCCGGAGCGGCUCUGGGCUGCGCUGCUGCCUCCCUGACUCCUCCUAAUGUGAAUGCUGCUUCUCUAGAGGUCGACGCCUUGAGACCUGUUCCUGUGGGCUCUGGGAGCAGUGCUGCCAUCAGUCACUCAUCCAGCAGUGCAGCUUUUGUCUGCAGAAUGGACAAGGAUGGAAAGAGAGAAAAGAAGAGUCUUCUGAAGCUGUUGUCCUCCAAUAAGAAGAAGUCUCGACCUUCACCUCCCUCCUCUCCCACCCUUGAAGGAGAACAGGCUGGAGCUGGAGAGGUGCUGCAUGGAGCGGUGUGUCCUGACACCUCCCCUCCCUCCAGCUCCGUCAGCUGCCUGGAGCUGGAAUCUGCUGCUGUUGCUUCUGCCUUGCCAUCCGCCUCCCCCUCAGUCCCCGAGUCUACCCAUCGGAAGAGCGGCCCGCUUGAUGGAUGCGCUCCCAUCGCUCCUCCUCCUCGACAGCCCUGCUCCUCUCUUUUACCGCAGCAGUAUGAUGCACGUCCCAUCAUAUGUGAGAGGUACAGGGUGGUGGUGUCGUAUCCUCCGCAGAGCGAGGCCGAGCUGGAACUCAAGGAGGGGGACAUCGUGUUUGUUCACAGGAAGCGGGAGGACGGCUGGUUCAAAGGCACGCUGCAGAGGAACGGCAGGACUGGCCUGUUCCCUGGCAGCUUCGUAGACAGCAUCUAACCCACCAAACUUCCCCACGGUGAGCCCAGCUAUGUGGGCGCCAUCAUACCGACACCUGAAGUCCUGAAAGAAACCGCUAGAAGCACACAAGAGAAGCUGAAGGGGCUCUGAAGGCACAGUGGGCGGAGCUAGAGCACACUACACGUGAACUCUUCUCUUAUUCUUGGUUAUUUAUAUAUUUGUAACAACUCAGCUGUUAAAUGUGUGCCUUGUACUGUUCUCCACUUUAUUGUACGUAAGGACACAAAUAUGAGUCCUAAAUCAACCAGUAUGACCUGUUAUCAGCACGUUACACAUUUAACUUAUUUUAUAUUCUCCCUAGGCAGCAGGGGGUUACGGACAACACACUUUAGUUCAUUUUCUCCUUUAGGCCGCUGAUAGGGUUUUCAUUAUUUUGAACCUUCAGCAGGUAGGAGACCGAACAUGAAACCAAACAACCAAAACGAGUCAUCUGUGCUGCACCGUGAGAAGAGAAGAUGCUUCCCCCGCUCCAAACGAGACGACCAGAAGAAUCUGCUGUAUUGCACAUCUGAAUCCUUAAAGCUCCUCCUUAAGCUGCACGGGACUAAGUAUUUGCGUGCCGUUCAUUGUUAGGUGGCCUUGUUUCGUAGAAAAAUGAGAAACUAGCUCGUCAUCAACGCAGCCACCCCCCAGGAGGUCAUUGAUGGCUCUGCCGCAGCUUAUUAUCCUUAAAACACUCCAGACUCUGCAGUCGAACGUUGCUGGAUUUGUACCUUUUGUUUUAAUUCUCUGUUUCCUGACCAGAGUAGCUGCUCUCCUAACUCUUUAGUAAUAUCUGAACCCAGACAGAGCUCUGCCCCUCUAGAGCGACACGUGUCAUUAAAACAAAGCAGAAUCUUUUAUAUUUAUGUUAACGUUCCACCGAGGCCCAGGCCUGCUGCUUGUGACUGACCGACGCGGUUUCCCUCCCGUGGGAGCUGUUUUUUGGACGCUAGAGUUCAUUCCUGAUGUGACUUGAGACACUAAAACUCACCGCUGACCGUUUGCCUAAAGCAGCGUCGCUCCACAGACGUCGGUGUCUUCUCACGAAUCUCAUUUUUUAUGAAAACAAUCAUUUUGAGCCCUUUAAUUUGUUUUCUGGUUAAAUGUACUGACUUGAUUUGCUGUAAGGUUUUUGUUUUUAUGUUUUUGAUUACAUUUGGAUUUUGUAAAACAUGAAAUAGCUUUAUUUAUUUUUUUAGAAUGACUACUCUGUUGUUUUGAAACAAACAACCACAGAAAUCCCUGUCUCCUUUAUCCCAUCAAAACUGAUUCAGUCCUGUAUGAAAACGCAUCAGAAGUAAGUACUGACCAACCCGCCCAUGUUCGUACCAGGUGACCCAUUCGGACGGCACGGGAUGUUCGUUUCGGUUCAAUCACGCGAGCCGGUCCUGGAUCCUGUUGUUUUGGGUUGUUGACGGGGACCACUGUGUGCCUGACUGCUGGAAUAUUUAGAGUUUUAAAGAGCGUGUGGAGAGGAAUGGUACACAUCACUGUUGAGCCUUUUUGUUUGACUUUGUCUUUCUGAGCAGAUUUAAUCCGAUGUUACGACGUUAUCUUGGCAAGCACCAACCUCACAACUCCUCUUUGCUUUCCUUGCAAAGCCUUUAAGAUUACUGACGUGUUUCAACCCAAAUGCACAAGUUUAUACCGACAUUUGCACUGUCUCAGCAUCGCUAAUCUUACUGAUCUUCGUCAUGCCUAGGCUGCACAGUUUGGAAACACGAGGCAUUUUUGGAUAUAUUUACAAGUCUGUUUUGUCAUCUGUUGAGUAUUCAGUAACUUAAAGGGAUUUCUUUUUGCAAUUUGAAGUGUUUGUGUAAAAGUUGUAAAUAAUUACAACUUUCCCCUCGUAGCUGGCGUCCUGGAGGGCCCUGUUUGGAGAAGUUUGAGUUUUCAUCCUACAGCAUUGAUGUGCUAACAGCUAGUCUGAGUGCUGCCAAGACCAAAGCUGAGUAAAACUACCAAAUGUCACAGCGGUAAUGCAGUAUUUUUAAACCCUUCCAUCGGGGCUGAUUACACAUGACAGCGUUGGUGACAUUCUAGGACCAACGGUGUCAUGUCUUCAUGUUAUUGCUGAAAUAAUCGUUAUUAAUAAAAUGUCACAUUAACCGCUGUCUAUGUUUAGAAGAAUGGAAUCGUUUUAACACAUCUCGGUUGCACUCGGCUAACUAGCCGUUAGCUCAGCAGUCCUGAAGGACAUAAAGGCUAUUUCUCUAAACAAAGUAAGAUCUAAACACAAAUAAAACAAAAUUCCUUUAAGUUGGGUUGCUGAAGCUUAACUUUUCUAUGCCAAGGUGGAUGACUUGAUUUUUUUUUUCCUUGUCAAAGUUAGUGUGUUUAUGUCUAAAACUAGUGAAACUGAAAUCCAACUAUUUGGCACAUUAUGUCAAAAAUAUUGUGAAGAAUUAGAGGGAAUGACAUUUUGUAAAAAAAAAAAAAAAAAAAGCUAUCCCAAAAGUAAAAUGUUUUCCAUGUUUUCUUGAAGAUUGUGUUGUUUUUUCCUAAGUGACAUCAUGUCACGCAGGCCUCCUCCUACCAGGGUAGAACUAUCCAGCUGGGGUUUCAAGCUGCUGACAGGACUAGGCAUCUCAAAGUUUGCAUGACAUGAGUAAACUUGUGUGUGUGUGUGUGUGUGCGCGUGUGCGUGUGUGUACGUUCAGCAGUGAUUUCAGCAGCAGCCAUGGUGCAUGUGGUCAUUAUCGUCCCCAGGAAGAGGUGAGCCUCCCCAGCGUGCUCAGCUGGGAAACGCUGACUGGACCUGACAAGCACCCAGAGGUCAUUGUGCUGCACACAGCUCCCUGCAGAGGACGGCUCUCCGUGGAAAUUACUCCUCCCCACACAAGAAUAGGACAAAUAAGAAUCAUUGUGCAUGGCCAACACAGGAUGCAUAUAUGUUGGAAUUGUGUUGAAUUUUCAUGCUUUAAGGACGUGUGCUAAAUUUGCAGCAAGGCUGUUGCUGUCUGACAGCUAAAGCUUACCGGGCUGGUGUGUAUUUAAAAAUAGGAGAAGCUAGUUUACAGAAUGUAGCUGCCAGGGCUAUUUGGGCUUCAGCUGAGCCUUGGGGUUAAAUGUUUCUUCAAUAGAUCUUUUGUUUACAGGACAUUUGCACAAACAUUUGUCUUGGACACUCAGAAGUCUAAGGACAUUAGAUUCAGCAAAUUAUACUGAGUUUGAUUGUUUGUGCUGUGCAGGUACAAGGGCUGUUAGGUGUAAAAGAGCUAAGUAACAUGUUCAGGAAGCGGUCUGAAUCACCUUGUUUUCUCCAGAACAAACAGGUAUGAAUGAGCUGGGGGUUUAUGAGUUGCUCCUGCAGCACCAUGGACAUGAUUCCUAGCGCUCUGGGCCAGAGGUCUGCUCUGGCAAAGGUUGUGAAUGUUAUUUAACCUCAGUAAAUCAACCUGGCAGGGUGUCUCAGUCUGAUGAAGUGCCCAAGUGUAAAUGGAGCUCUCCUAUUUUUACUAUUGCUCUAUUUGUAUGCACUGGUGGACACGAUGCUAUUCCUGUGGAAAUACAUAUUUGAGGAGGGGAACAAAAAACAUGGCUGAAGGAAAAGGAGAAACUGUGACACCAGCAGGAUGUGUGUAGGGGGAGGGGUCAGGUGAAGAGACGAAAAGCUUUGAUAUCUACUCGUUUGUGUUCAGCCUUUUGUCAACAAACUUUAAAAUAAGAGCUGAAAUGUGCUGAUA